AUGAUGGAGCGCACAAGGCUGCAGAACAAAGCCGAGGAGAAGAAGCGUCAAACUAAGGCUCUGCAAGUCCGUCAGAAUUCACAGAAUUUGGAGGAGAGGGAGCGCGGUUUUCAGCUCCAUUUUACGGGCGCCAACGAGCAGAGACUCCUCGAGGCUCGAAGGCGACAGCUUCAGCCGUCCACCAGAAUGCAGGAGGUAGCAGGCAGCAAAAGUGACGAGCUGCACUCAGGGAAAGAGUGGCAAGUCCGGACAGUUGAAUUGCGGGGAAAGGACGGAGAAACCUACCGAUCUUCUCCGCAUGACUCCAAGCCAGACCAGGUCAGCAGGAAUACACCUGUCGGCGAAUUCCCAGAGGAAGUGCGUGACGAUCUGGAUGAGGUCAGCAGACCCAGCACCGGCGCAAGCCAUGCUGGCCUGGACCAGGACACGACGGGAGUCCUGCGUAUGAUGACGGGGGCCAGUGCAGAUCAGCUCUCUCGCCUUCGUGAUUCGCUCACCAGCCAGAUGGAGCAGCAGGUGUCACAUGUGUUGGCCAUGAAGCUGGACACGAGCUUGUCCUUGGCCUACUGGUUUCCCCGCUUGCCGAUAUCAGCGCGGAUAUCAGACGUGAUUCAGGCCCCGGAAAUGAAGGCAGCGGUGCGCAAAGCGCGGACGUUUGCAAAGAGGAGUCCAUUUCAAGAGUCACUUCCAUGGGCAAAGCCGAUCACUGACAAGUGGGGCUUCCCGAAGCCUCCUCCCAGCUUCCCUCCUGCAGAAGCGUGGGACUGGAGGCACCAUUUACUUGGGAUGAGCAACGAUGACGUUCCGAAGGGCCGCCGGACUUAUUUCUCGAAGCCAGAGUCCCUAGCAGAGCUGAAAGAGGCAUUGCGAAGCAAUCCUUCGAUCAAGAAUGCUGAAAGCAUUCUCUGCAGACUUGAGCUAGGCGAUCUUCCACCGCGUCCCAAGUCGAUUCUCACAGCAGAUGCUGGCGCUCCUGUUUGCCCAGAGAGACAUGUAUAUGGCGGCACGAUGUUGGAUCGAGAUGGCAUGGGACGAACCUGGAACAGUCGGUGGCAUGCAGGUAUCGCCAUGAUAAAUGAGCACUGCCAUCCGGACCACCGGACAUACUUUACGCAGAAGUCCCUCUUCGAGAGAUCGCCGUCCCAGCAGUAUCGGCGCUUCUUGCAUCAGGAGAAAAAGCCUGGCGAUUGGGUCUCAAUCGAUCAAAGGAGGCCUGCUCGCUUUCCUCCUCUAGGUGGCCUUCUCACUGGUCGCUCUGGAGCACCAAUUCCAGGAGCAAUGCCAUAG